GCUCUGCCGCCGACUUCUCAGAAGCCUAAGAAGCAAGGACAGCCAGAAGCGUCGAAUGCUUCUGAAGAGCUACACCUGGCCGUUGAAAAUACACCAAGUUUAUUGCUGGUUGACACAACGAGUUCAAAAUAUUCUGAUGCCGAAUCAACAGACGCGCCUUGUAAGAGGCCACGCUUGGAUUUCAGCAGCGUCGCGCCCCCUCCACGUGAAGAAAAGGAUCCUUUUCAACACGAUACUGACACAUUGAGUGGCACAUGCACUGCCGACGCACCUAGUCACACAGCUGAAAAGCAACAAGUUUCUUCCUCAUCUCAAAAAACUACGGAGCAAGAGAGAAGUCAUGGACCAACGCAAGAGCAGCGACCCACCGAGUCCCUGUUCCUCCAGGACGGAGGACAGCAAAUGACAAUUUCCGCUCUGUCAGGCUGUGCUUCCAGCCUUAAACUCCCAAGUGAAGCCUGGGCAGUCCAAGUUUCUGACAGAUUUGGGGUUAAAUCUGUUGUUUUCAGUGAGCUAGAAUUGCCGAAAGAGAGUAACCAGGCGCCUUUUCAUAGAAAAGUACUAGAAGUAACCACAUCACAUAAUGACUCCUUGUCAGUGAAAUGUUUUGUUUAUGGCCGUUUUGUUAACGUACAGACCAUAAGUUCUGGUUUGCCCAUGAAUUCCCUAGCUGAUAUAGAGUGUGCAGUACGGGUCUUUCAUGAAAUGCAUGUGUGUGCAGGUGGUCCCAGUGGUGAAAUGUACAAUAAUAUACGCCCAGAGUGCGCAUAUAUUGACAAAUGUGGAACCUGGCGGCACAACCGUUGCCUACUAGUGACAGAGAGUACAAGUUGCAAUGCAUGUGCUAAGUUAAAAGAUGUACUUCGUAUUCAUGCUGCACGAAAGAAAAAGAAUUCUCAACUGAACCACAUUCGCAUUCCGGCCAGUCCAUCGAAAAAAACACGCAUUGAAAUGUUGCGGCGCGCCAGGAUUGCCUGCUACAAGUCAAAAGUGCGGCUUCAAAAACAAAAACAUAAUCUUGAACAAGAAUUGGCUAACUGCAAAUCAAAACUACUAGAAAUCAGUAAUGAAACACUCGAACGCCUUUCCAGAGAAGCAAACCUUCCUGAAGCGCAAAAGCUGGUGUUGAAAGAGUGUGUAGCUGCAGGCAAAGCUCGCUCAAAAAACGGUAGAAGAUACUCAGAUGACUGGAUCUUGCUCUGCCUUCUCCUCCAUAUUAGGUCACCUGGAGGAUACAGAUUCUUGAUGGAGAGUGAAAUUCUCGCCUUGCCUUCAGUACGAACAAUACACCGCUACAUCUCAUUGGUGGGCUUUAAAACAGGCUUUGAUAGUAAGUUCUUCAUAGCCUUAAAAAAGAAACUUGAAAAGAAAGAUGACUUCAAGCGGCACGGUAUUAUCAUCUUUGAUGAGAUGCAAGUCCGUAAAAGUAAGGCUGUCAACUCAAAGACAAUGACCUACGUCGGUCUGGCAUCAGAGACGGAAAACAGUACCGAGCUUGCAGACCAUGCUCUUGUUUUUAUGUUCUGCCCUUUUGGUGAAAGUUAUGCUCAGCCAUUAGGUGUUUUUGCAGCAAAAGGUGCCACGAGGGGUACUAUUCUUGCACAGUUGCUCCUUCAGGCAAUUUUACUUAUGGAGGAAGCUGGAGCAAAAAUUCAUGGCCACAAGAGAAGAGAUGGCAAGAGAAACAAAAACAAGAGAAUGCCCAUUCCACCGAUCAGGCUGUCAGAUGUGGAGGACUUGCCCCUCUCUGAAGGGGAUGUGAAUGCUAAAAAGAAGAACAUAAGACAGUGGCGUACUUGUAGAAGGUCAGCCGGUUUCUCUCUGGGGGUCUCGCCGGCGACGGGCUUUGCACUGGAUGACUCCCAGCCUGGUGCCACGGCUGGUCUGGCCAAGCGCUGCGUCUGUGCUUUCAGCCAGCGCCCCUUUGGCUCUGUGCAGUAA